UCUAGUUUUAAAAGUUUAACACAUCACAAGGAUUUAUCAAACUUCAGAAAAAUAGCGAAAUAGUUUUUUGUCCAAUCAGAUUGAGUCGUGUAUUUACUGCUCAAAUGACGGAUGAUGACAGAAGAAGGUAGAAGUCCCCGCUCGCCGAUGAAAAGAUGGAUCUUUUAGAGAGGCCAUGCAGUGCUGACGAUUCCUUUGAGUUUAUAGACUUUCCUGACAUGGCCAACAAAGCGGAAGAACCUCCCCCAGGGAAACUCCAACCUGACCCCAAAGUUUCUACAUUAGAGCCUGUUCCAUCAGUGGUAGGCAGCAAAGAAAGUCAGACUGACAAAGACUGCAAAUCUGUGAACUUAUGCAAUGAUGAUAAAACCUCUAGUCAAAACAGCAAUGUGCCAAAUGAAGAAGACCUCACCAAAAGCCAACAAGACACCCCUUCUUGUUCCUCAUGUUCAUGUGACCAAUCAGUAUCGAGUUUACAAAACAGUGAUGAUCAAGUGGACCAAUCAGAAUGCAUGUGUUCUAAGGACAAGCCUGUGAGUCAAAUGUUAGGCUCAUAUGCAGCCAAAAAACCUAGUUUUUUAUCAGUGAAUGUGCAUGAACCUCCAGAUGAUGAUGUUGAACAUUUACCGACUCCUGUUCAAAGGAGAGGAAAUCCUCUGUGUGCAGAAGUGUUCAAAAAACUUUUUGACAAAGACGGCAGACUUGUCGACGAACAUGCGUUUAGGAAGUGUAUAUUCAUGGGUGGGGUGGAACCAGAUAUUCGGAAGGAGGCUUGGCAGUUUCUUUUUGGACUCUAUCCGUGCACAUCGACAUCGCGGGAGAGAGAAGAACUUCUGUUAGACUACAUAAUGAAGUACCAUGAAAUGAAGUCUCGCUGGAAGACGAUGCUUGUCCUAAAUGCGCAUCCAGGAGCCACCCUCUUACAGCAGGGUCUUGUGGCUCGCUAUCAGAUCGAAGACCAGAAUAACACUAUCCGAAGUCCGGAUCACAGCCCCGGAGAUCACAUAUCCGAGUACGAGAUGAUGGAGAAGAUGCUGAUGGAUGGCAAAAUGAAGGCGGAAACUCCAGACUUUAAAGUCCUGUCCAAGAAUUUCCAGUCCAUUGAUGUGUCGUCUCCGGAGAUGCAGCAGAAAAUGGACUUUAUGAAGAUUCAAGCUCAGGUGUACGUGAACAGACAGAAGAUUGAUGUGAGAAAUCUGUGGAAUCACCUCCGGGUCAUUGACAAGGAUGUUCCCCGAACAGACAGAGAUCUAGAGUACUUCAAAGGCACAAUGAAUCCAAGUCUAACAGUAUUGCGCAACAUCUUGUUGACGUUUGUGGCAUUCCACCCAACGAUUGGCUACGCCCAGGGCAUGAAUGACAUACUGGCUCAGUUCCUAGUUGUCUUUGACUCUGAGGUGGAGGCUUACUGGUGUUUCCGGAAUUAUCUCCAAAAAAUUCAGCAUGAGUUUACCGAAGAAGGAAUGGUCAGCAAAAUAGAGUUGGUGGUGCUGCUUCUACAAGAGAUGGACCCCUCCCUGUUAGAACACCUGAGGGCCAAUGACCUUGGGGACCUUCUCUUUUGUCACAGGUGGCUACUUCUCGGCUUCAAGCGAGAGUUUUCCUUCAUGGAGUCGCUGAGAUGUUUUGAGAUCCUGAGCAGUCACCAUCUUGAGUUGACAUCGAUGGAGGCUGAGAAGACUCGGCGAAAAGAACUCAAAAAAGAAUUCGAGAAUCAAGGGGGCGUGUCACGUUCCUCCCUCCCCACAGACGUGGAGUGUCACUACACCUUUGACCUGUUUAUGUGUGUGGCCCUGCUACAGGAGUGUAGGCCGGACCUAAUGGAGUGUACAGACACAGCGGCCGUUUACUCUGUCAUCAAUGGGUUGACGAUUAAUCUAGAUGAGAUCCUGUUGAAGUCGGCGGACCUGUUCUACAGAUACUGUAAGAAGAGUGUGGAGGACAGUUUCCUCAUGGUGGAGACCCCACUGUCAGCCCGGGCUAUCCGGGCACGACUCAGGGCCGGGUCGGAUGUGGGGUAGAAGGUCAAAGGAGGGGGUGAGGGGUAGUGUGCUGGGGAGGGAGUCGGACAUGGGGUAGAGUUUUGGGAACAGGUGAGGGGGGUAGAGUGUAGGGAGUUAGAUAGGGUGUAAAGAGUCUGAGGGUGAGGGAUGGGAGUAGUGAUGGUUCACUGGGUUCAAAUGUAGUGAUGGGGGUCCAAGGAAUCUGAAAUUGGAGAUAUUUUUAGUAAUGUAUAGAUAUUAGAAAGAGAGAGAGAAAGAAAGAAAUGAGAGAGAGAAAAUGAGAUAACAUUUUCAUAUCGGAAACUGUUUUGAGUACAGGCUUGAUGUGAGUGAGAGAGUUUGUUCUGUCUGAUAUUGAUAAAAGUUCUUUUUAAAGCCAGACACAGAUUGGGUCUGUUGCUGGUAUUCAUUUUUUUUUGUAAGAGUGAACACUCUUUCUGUAAACAAUUGACUUUUAACCUUUUUUUUUUUAGAUGUGUUUAAAAGAAGCAACAUGUUUCAAGUGUUAAUUAUUCUUUGAUCAAAUGCUAUAAUAUAAACUCUACAUUCAGGAAAAAAAUUACUGUAUAAAGUUUGUUUUUUUUUCCUGUAUUUAGUUUGCAAGUUUGGAAUUACCUUGAAUUCCUUAUUGAUUGAAUAGAAUAUGUUCAUCAUAGAUGUAUGGCAUUUAUAAUUCGAACAUUUAUACUUUUUUAUCUUUGGUCAUUUUUUCAAAUCCAUUUAACAUGUUCAUUUAAAUGCAGUUCCCUUGUUUUUCGAUCAGAGAUUCAUGAAAUAUUUACAACAGAAGUUGGUGUGUAGAAAAGAAACAUGUUUUAAAAACAUAUAUAUAGUUAUAUAAAUUUUCAAUUAACACCAGUUGUUACUGUACAUCAUAAUGCAAAAUAUUGGUUGUUUCCUUAUGUUGUAUUUUACUUGGUAUAUAAAUACAUAUGUACUGGUAUGUUGCCAAAAUUUCUUGUAGCUCUUAUCAUCUAAUGUAUUUAAAAUUGUCUUUCUGAAGACUUUGGGAGAACAGUUGAGUAUACAUGCAACCUUAAGUAAAAUAUUCUUGAAGUCAUAAUACUGAAACUAUGUGUAAUAAAGAAGAUGGGGGAAUAAGAUGGCAUAACUGCCCAUUUGGUUUAGUCGUAAAAUACAACUUCAAAUUUAUCAUUUUAUUGAAUUAAAUAUAUUUUAUAUGUUAUAAUACAAGUUUACAAAAGGGCAAUUUCUAACUAUAUUCAGUUUGAAAUAUUUCAAAAAACGAUAAGAAAAAAAACCCCUUAAGUCUUGGUGGUAUUGAACUCACAGCCUAAAAACUCAAGUUCUAUAAUUUACCUUAUGUCUGGUGCUCUAACCACUGAGCCAUUUCAUUCACAACAAAGUGUGUUGUUUAAAUGCUAUAUGAGACGUUGGCCACAAAUUCACGGACUUGUAUUAUUUUUCUAAAACUUUCAAUUGUUGGGCUACAACAUGACAUUUUUAAAGUAUAGUGGGUCAUCUCUCCACAUUUUUAUUGAUUAAAAUCGGUUUAAAUUCCAUUAAACCUCAUUAAGACUAUAACAAACAUAUGGAGCUCAAACCCACUCUAUAAAAGAAAAGAUAAUGAAGUUAUAAAAAAUGACACUAUUUGGAGGUUUUGACACGCAUACGCCAGUUUAAAUCAACCUAUUGCAAGUAUUUAAAAUAUUUAAGGGUAACAAACCGAUUUUACGUUAAAUAUACAUUGUUUUUAAUAAUUUUUAAAAAAAAAAUAUCAGAUUUAAUGAUAUUUUAAUUUUGCAGUUUCUAAUCAUCCUCAUAUGGGGAUUUUACACGCCUUAUUCACCCAUCUUCUUUUUGAAAGUACAUGUACAUAUAAUCAAAUGUUUAAGUUACUUUAUAAAUGUUGGAGAAAAGUUUAGUUGACCUGUUUUGUUAUACUGUUAAUAUUUGUAAAAAUCUAAAAAACAAAAA